AUGCCGCCCGCCUCACCAAAGCGGCUGAAGAGCAGUCAAAGCAGUCGAAGCCAACAAAGCCUGCCGCCGGCUGAGUCCCGAGCGCAGACGCCCGGCAGCCUCCGCCAUGCCGCCGUCCUGGGAUCCAAGAGGUCCUCCAUCCACUCCACAAGUGACGACUCACUGGGCCCUGGCAGGGUGCAGUCUCCCUUGGCAGAUCUGCGCCCGGUGGUCGUGGCACCCUCCUUGCCGCCGAUGAUUCCGCAUGCCUGGGCGGGAGACCCCGACGACCCGCAAUUCAAGGCCCCAAGCUUCGAGACGAUUGGCAUCUGGGACAGCACUUCGUAG